AUCUCUGGCAAGUGGUUUUAUAUCGCCAUGGCUUCCCGCUUUCCCGGGUUCAAGGAAAAAGCUAGCGCAAUCCAUGCAUCCUUCUUUUUCUUCACCCCCAACCACACGGAGGACACGAUACUGCUCAGAGAGUACAUGACCGUCGGGGACCAGUGCCUCUAUAACUCCAGCAGCGUGAAGGUCCAUUGGGAAAAUGGGACCCUGUCCAAAUCUGCCCUGCUGGACGCCCAGAGCCCGGCGUGUCCCAAUUUCUCGGUGCCCAUCACCAAUGCCUCCCUGGACCAGAUCUCUGGCAAGUGGUAUUAUAUCGCCUCAGCUUUCCGCUUCCCCGAGUACAAGAAGGAAGCUAGCAAAAUCCAUGCAGCCUUCUUUUACUUCACCCCCAACCACACGGAGGACACAAUACUGCUCAGACAGUACAUGACCAUCGGGGACCAGUGCCUCUAUAACUCCAGCAGCGUGAAGGUCCAUUGGGAAAAUGGGACCCUGUCCAAAUCCGAGAAUGGCAGAGAACAUUUUCGCCACCUGCUGCUCCCCAAGGACCCCAAGACCUUCAUGCUCGCCACUUUCCCAGAAGACAAGCAGAACAUGGGGCUGUCCUUCUUUGCUGACAAGCCAGAGGCGACCCCAGAGCAAAUGCAACAGUUCUAUGACUACCUCACGUGCAUGGGCAUGGACAAGUCGGAAGUCAUGUACACGGAUGAGAAAAAGAAUGUGUGCCUGCUGCUGGAGAAACAGCACGACGAGGAAAGGAAGAAGGAAAAGGAGGGGUCUGAGACAGACACAGAAUUGUAUUAUGACUUCAUUGACUAUGGGACCCCUAUUCAGAAUCUGUGCCUGCUGCUGGAGAAGCAGCACGACGAGGAAAGGAAGUAG